CCAGAUUUCAGAUAAAUUGCCACUUUCUCCCUCCUCUUCCCUCACACAUCCAAAAAGGCUUCUUCAAGCACCACUUCUUCACUGUCCUCUCUUCACAAUCCCCCCUCUCCCCCACCUCCCCCCUACCAAGAGCAAAGAAAGAAACAUGAUGAAGAGCCUUUCGUUUCCACUCCUACUGGUCCUGCUCUUCCAAUGCUCCACCACCUCGGCUCAGCCUGCAGCAGCCCCAGCUUCACCUGUUGUAGCCCCGUCUCCACCUGCUCCGUCUCCGCCUGCUCCGCCUGCCUUAGGCCCGGCUCCGCCUCUCUUAGGCCCGGUUCCUGCAGGCCCAGAUGACAUCACGAAGAUCCUUACGAAGGCGAGCCAAUUCACAGUGCUGCUCAAGCUCAUGAAGGUCACCUCAGUCGACAAACAGAUCAAUGCGCAACUUAACAAUUCGAACAAUGGCCUAACCAUCUUUGCCCCGAAUGACAACGCCUUCUCGGGCCUCAAGUCUGGGACUUUGAACCAGCUCUCAGCUGAGCAGCAGGUCGAGCUCGUGCAGUUCCAUGUAGUCCCGUCAUUCUUGUCUGUGUCCCAAUUCCAAACCGUCAGCAAUCCGCUGAGGACACAGGCCGGCGGUAGCGGGAAGUUCGAGUUCCCGCUGACCUUGACUACUUCCGGUAGCAAUGUGAACAUAUCGACUGGUGUCAACAAUGCAACAGUGGACCAAAUUAUAUUUUCAGACGGGCAGUUGGCUGUGUAUCUGGUCGACAAGGUUCUGCUUCCUAUGAACAUAUUUGGCCCGAAGCCACCCGCGCCGGCACCUGCCCCAGCAAAGCCAAAGAAGAAGCCGGCUUUGGCAACGAGCCCGGUAGCCGACAGCGUCCCGGUGGACACAUCUGGUGAAGGGAAAUUGAUGGUGCCUGGAAUGAUGGUGGUCAUUGGAUUGACUGUUGUUGGGACAUUCUACUCGUGACAAGGAAAGUUUGAGACAUUACGAGAAUGAUCAGCUUGAAACACUGAGGUGGGGGUCACUUUUGAAAUUUGCAAUGAGCUAUUAUUUGGUGAAUUUGGUUGAAGGGCAGUGAGAGAUGUGGUCAGUGAUUUGAAAUAAAUUUGAGUCCCGAUGGUAGAACAUGCCAGUGACGAGAGAAAAAGAGUAAAAAAAGAGUCAAAGUCUGUUCUUUUUUCUUUCCUUUUCCUUUUCUUUCCUGUGUUCCCUGCUUUCAGUUUUCAUGUACUCAUUUAUUUUGUUGUAUUAUAUCUGAGGAGGUGCUGUAUGUUCCUGGAUUGUGAAAUUGAUCUUCUUCUUC